AAACCCGCGGAACAGAGAUGCUCCAUUUUAAACUGCAAAAUUCACUCUGUAAUGCUUCACCAAGCCCCCAAGAGAACUAUAGAGACACCCACCACUCUCUCCAAGCUCCUACAGAAUAUUUUGAUUGAACCCAAACAAGAGCUAAAACCCCUGCAAAAUCCCUUGAACCAAUCUGCUCUUGUACAGAACGAUAAGCCUCCACAGAAUCAACUAAACCAGUUACCCUUUCAAGGAAAGUAUAGAUACAUUUGCGACCUCCUUUUAUCUCAAACCCACUCAAGGUCCCUUUUUAAUGGCCUUCAACUUCAUGCCCAAAUCAUCAAAUCAGGCCUUCAAGCAAUCCCUCUAGUCUCCCACCAUCUCAUCAACUUCUAUUCCAAGACAGAGUUGCCCCUUUUUUCCCUUCAAGUUUUUGAGGAAGCUCAGCAGAAGUCAUCCACCACCUGGAGCUCUUUAAUAUCCUCUUUAGCGCAAAAUGCGCUGCCUGGUCUUGCCAUCGAAUACUUUCGUCGAAUGCUUGUUGAUAAUAUCCGGCCUGACGACCGUAUAUUCCCUAGUGCUACUAAAGCUUGUGCAAUUUUGGGUAGGUGUGAUAUUGGGAAAUCUGUUCAUGGUUUUGUGAUUAAAACUGGACUUGAUUUUGACGUGUUUGUGGGGAGUUCUACGGUUGACAUGUACGCAAAAUGUGGGGAGAUAAAGGAUGCGAGAAAAGUGUUUGAUCAAAUGCCAGAGAGGAAUGUGGUUUCUUGGAGUGGUAUGAUUUAUGGGUAUGCUCAAUUGGGUGAAGAUGAGGAGGCUUUAAGACUCUUCAAAGAAGCUUUAUUGGAGGAUUUGGAUGUGAAUGAUUUUACUUUUUCCAGUGUUAUUAGGGUUUGUGGUAAUUCCACAUUGCUUGAACUAGGGAGGCAGAUGCAUGGUUUGUGUUUCAAAACAAGUUAUGAUUCGUCAAGUUUUGUGGGCAGUUCUUUGAUUUCUUUAUAUUCAAGAUGUGGUGUUAUUGAAGCAGCUUCUAGGGUUUUUGAUGAGGUCCCAAUUAAGAAUCUUGGGAUGUGGAAUGCUAUGUUGAUUUCUUCUGCUCAACAUGCACAUACAGAGAAAGUCUUUGAUUUGUUUGAAAAAAUGAAAAUUGUUAGGAUGAGACCAAAUUUUAUUACCUUUUUAUGUUUGCUUUAUGCUUGUAGUCAUGCAGGAUUAAUUGAUAAAGGAAAGUUCUAUUUUGGGCUUAUAAAGGAGUAUGGGAUUGAGCCAGGGGCUCAGCAUUAUGCUUCUAUGGUGGACUUGCUUGGCCGUGCUGGGAAAUUACAGGAAGCACUUGCAACUAUUAAGGGAAUGCCCAUAGAGCCAACAGAAUCUGUGUGGGGAGCUUUUCUUACAGGGUGCCGCCUCCAUGGGGAUAGUGAAUUGGCAGCCUUUGCAGCUGAUAGAAUCUUUGAGUUGGGGCCUGUUAGUUCAGGCAUGAAUGUGCUGUUAUCCAAUGCAUAUGCUGCUGCUGGAAGAUACGAGGAUGCAGCCAGAGCCAGAAAGAUGCUUAGGGAUCAUGGUGUAAAAAAAGAGACAGGUUUGAGUUGGAUUGAGGAAGGUAAUAGGGUUCAUACCUUUGCUGCAGGGGAUAGGUCUCACGAGAGAACCAAAGAAAUUCAUCAGAAAUUAGGGGAAUUGGAAGAAGAUAUGGAGAGAGCUGGUUAUGUAGCAGACACAAGUUUUGUACUUCGAGAGGUGGAUAGUGAAGAGAAAAGGCUGACAAUUAGGUACCAUAGUGAAAGACUGGCAGUUGCAUUCGGGCUCAUUGCCUUCAGAGACAAUAGGCCAAUUAGGGUAAUGAAAAAUUUGCGGAUAUGUGGUGAUUGCCACACUGCAAUCAAGUUUAUGUCCCAGUGCUCUGGAAGAGUAAUAAUCGUGAGAGAUAAUAACAGGUUUCAUCGGUUUGAAAAUGGAAAAUGCUCAUGUGAUGACUACUGGUGACUGAAGUGUAAAAGUUUCAGUUAACCUGACUAGUAUCUUUUUUAUGGGAAAAAUCUUUACAGGAUAAGAAGAAAUAAAUCUCUUUUCAAUUUCACAAAUCUCAGAUGCCUUUUUCAGUA